CUCGUUCCCCGUACGCUGAUGUCGUCUAGGGAGGUUGUACUCCAUCUACCCCUAGGAGCGCAUGAAUUGAAGAUCUCCAGCCCCUUCACCGCUCUCAAUCGCCUGACCUCAGCUCCGCAAACGGAGUCAUGCAGUACCCAUGCCUCCCCAGACCUCACUCCCCAGUAAGCUGGCAGACGCAUUGGAUGAUUUUGGUGUAGGUCCACCCCUGCGUCAUGCUAUCUCGCCUGGAACACCUCGAGGUCGACCAACCAUGGCUUGAGCCCCAGUUCAACAUGGACGACCACGAAUCCGCCCGCGGCGGGCACGUUAUUGGUGGCUUUCCGGUGUAUACUCGCGCAGAAUUCUCACACGGUGCGCUAUUGAUGAAGGAGCCCCGUAGGUUGGCUAGCGACCAUUGGCAUUUCCCUCUGCGACACACUCCGCGUCAAUCACGCACCAACGUCCCCGGACCCUGCAUCCGACUGACACGUCCUGUUUCAUAG